AUGUUCGAGCAGUUUAUUAGAGCCAAUGGGGACAAGGACCAAUUUGUUCGGCGCUUCAGGCUGAAGAAGGUUUCCGAGAAAACGAACGAGUUGGACGAGGAGGGUGGGUACUAUACUCCUGAGGAAAUGAAGAAGCUCUUGAGCUACUCCCAGAGCCGGGCCGACCAGACGGUGGCAUGGUGCAAUGACCCUGCCAACGGGGAUGAUCUUGUUUUGACGGACUUAGUCGACAAGAGCAUCAAGUUUUAUUGGUGCCGCACACGUGUGAAAGGCCUCAAGCGCUUGAGGCAGACACAGACUGCUGAGGAGACAGCAGAGGCUGAGGGCUCUGGCCCCAUGAUGCUUAGUGGCAUGGAUAACAACGCCUGCACCCCUGCAACCAUGGGCCUCCGAACCGCUGCCGAUGUUGAAGCUUUGAAGAGUGAGACGGACAAGCUUGAGAUCCAGCAGAAGGAGCUUCUCUCGGUGCAGGAGAAAACAUCUAAUCUGUUGGACAAGUUGAAACUGGUUUCCCCGGACAAGAAAGAACGUGCGGAGGAGCUUCGCCCCAAGCUGCUAACGAUGUCCAAGACAUCUGAAGCACUUUAUGAGAAAAUGGUUGAUGCCUUGGCCAAGAUCAGUACCAAGCAGUUGGACCCCGAAGCCACCGAGGGUGCCAAGCUCGUGCUGGAGCUUACAACGGAGGGCAAGCCGACUCUUCGCAAGCCGCCGGUCAAGAAGAAGGAAGAGGCUAGGCUCUGCAUGCUGCCGGCAACAACCUUGAAAGGACCCGGUGAUGACCUCUUCGAUGAAAGACCUGCUGUGGCUGAACGACAAGAAGCAGAUGAUGACAGCUACAAGCAGCUGGACCUCUUCAAACCGUCGGUCCGUGAUUUGCCACGACUCCGGGAGCUAUUGCUCCAAGGCCUCGGCAAUGAUGAUCGUGUGAAGCUCUGCCUGCCACGACCUUUGCUGAGUGCAGGCAAAGCUCUGCACUCCAUUAGGGAAAGGGUUGCUAAUAUCCUUCAAUUAGGGCCCACUGUCUUUAAGAUCGGCCUUACUGGUGAUCCAUUGUUCCGCUUUUACAAAGUGCCUACGAGGACAAAUGCAUCAGCAGGCUAUCGUUAUGAUAUAGACCAGUAUGCAGAAAUGCAAGUACUGUUUGCAGGGGCCACGUGGGAUGAAGCUUCCUUAAUGGAGGCUGUGCUAAUUGCCGAGUUUCAGGGCCGGCCUGGUAAUCGCAAUAUCAAUCCUGGGGGUGAGGGGCGGCAAGUGUUUGACCCGCCAUACUUCACAUACAUUGUGUUCAAGUCGGCCCUGGUUGCACCGAAGCGACAGCGCCUUUAUGCUGCUGGGGGGAAACAGAGUGCAUCAUGUCCUAUGGCAUCACUCAGUUGCAAAGUUGAGGUAGGCAGUCUUGCUGGUGUGAACAUGUACCCCACCCGAUAA